GAAUCUCCUGGACACUGGGCUGCUUUGCAGGGGUAUGUACCCCCCUGGUCUUGCAUUUAGCAUCCUGGCCUUCCAGAGAGGCGUGCUAUCUUGCGGUGGUCAGGACUGGAACCCAGAUCUGGGGCUGCAAAGGCCACGCUCAACUGCCCACAUCAGAAGGUUCAGGAAGUUGGGGUUCGGCUGCUCUGGUGAGGGGUGCUUGGGGGGCACCCACCCUGCCCCGCUCCUGUGCUCUGGACGCUGCACAUCUGUGGUUGCCUCGGAUGGAGGUCACAGACACGGUGGCAGUUCGUCCCAUCCUGAGCAGUAUGUGCCUGAAGCACCCGUGUCUUACCGUCCCCACUUUAGAGGCGUGGCGGCCGGGGCGAGGAGUGGCCCGGUGAUGUGCCCACUUACCGGCUUAGAGGUGGCGGAAUCCGUGUUUCCUGACUGGGCAUCCCACAUUUGAGCCUAAACCUGGGCCCCGGCUUGGGGUGGGGGAGGUGAAAUCCAGGGCAAGCCCGAGAGUGGGGAAGACAUUUUGGGUACAGAGCUGUCCCCAGCUCCUGGACAGAGGGCAGUAUGGUGUCGGGGUACCAGCCUCUUCUGUGGUGUGUGGCUCAGGAGAACGCCCACCCUCUCCAGACUGCCUCUUUAUGGUCAGGGGCUCCAGGGCUCCCCGAGGGCCCCUUCCACUCCACCAGCCGGAGCUCCUGAGCUUUCUUCCUCCCUGUCCCCUCCCCUGCUCACACCAGAUGAGCAGCUGGUCGGUUUGGCCAGCCUGGCACCAGCUGUCCAUCCCCGGGGCCAAGUCUGCGGAGUCCGCCGUGCGCUUGAGAGACCGUUUGGCUCUGGGGGCGGCAGGCAGAGGGGGAGCUGCUCCUCGACUGGGCGUGGAGGCAGGCGGGCGGCUGCUGAGGAGGGCUAGCUGGGAGCGUCCACCCGCCCUCCACCAGUAUGGCGACGUCCUCCCAGUACCGCCAGCUGCUGAGUGACUACGGGCCGCCGUCUCUCGGCUACACCCAGGGAACAGGGAACAGCCAGGUACCCCAGAGCAAAUACGCCGAGCUGCUGGCCAUCAUCGAGGAGUUGGGGAAAGAGAUUAGACCCACUUAUGCGGGGAGCAAGAGUGCCAUGGAGAGACUAAAACGAGGCAUCAUUCACGCCAGAGGACUGGUUCGAGAGUGCUUGGCCGAAACGGAACGGAAUGCCCGAUCCUAGCUGCCUGGCCUCGCGGAAGGUUUUCCAUCUUCGUCCAAGACCAGAAGUUACAGCUCAUCUCCCAUGUUCAGAUGAAACUCUUGUUUUCAAAAGGGUAACAGUUUGGUUUCUCCUUCCCACGUCCCUCCCAUGGUUCAUGAGGCUCUGAGAUUGAGAAAUAUUUUGCAGUUGACUAGGAUUUACAUUUUAAAUAGUUAGGAAUUACCCAGGGUUUUUUGUUCUUGGUUUUUUUGGGGUUUUUUUGUUUUUUUUUUUUAAGCAUUGAUUUCAAAGAUGCACGUAAAAGAUACCUGUCUCACAGCAAAGAUCCCAGUUAUGUUACCCAGAUUGUUCUCCGUUCUUUUUCAUAAGCUAAUACAACUCUGAGGGUUUUUUUUUUUUUGAGUGCGUACAUUUGCCACAUCGUGUGGAUUCCGCUUAAUGUAACUUCUUUUGUGCUUAAGCAUUUGCUUGCAUGACUGUUAGUGCUUUGAGGUCAAUUUAAAAAAUGCACAAGUUAUAAAUACAGAAGAAAGAGCAACCUACCAAACCUAACCUAAUGAGAACCCCCCCCACCCCCUCCAAAUUUUCCUACUAAGACUGUGUGUGGGUUUCAGUUCUGCUUUUCCUGUAAGUUGAUCCAAACAUCUGGAAGAAAAUGACUAAAACUGUUUGCAUCUUUGUAUGUAUUUAUUACUUGAUGUAAUAAAGCUUAUUUUCAUUAACAAUUUG